GUGAAGAUGACAACAAUUUCUUUUUGUAUUCGUUUAAAUUUUAUAUGCACGGCGAAAACGGAAUUGUCAAUAAGUUUAAUUCCAUUCUCUGUGCAAAAAAGGUAUCUUAAACAAUGAGUGACCAGAAGAAAGGGAAAAAGAGACCAAAAUCAUACUAUAUAAAAUGUGCAGCUGGUGGAAAGAGACAGAAAAAGACAAAUGUACUCAGUGCAGGAAUGAAAGGCUUUCUUGUCACCUGUAAUAAAUAUGAACGAGAAACGGUCAGAGAAAUGUACAACUUGCUUAAUGAAUAUGCUGAUACAAUAUAUGGACCAGAACUUGACGAUCCUGCAGUAAAGUCAGCAGAUGACAGUGAGAGUGAAGAGGAAGAUAUGGAGAAAGCUAUGGCAAAGGAAACUUCGGCUUUAAAACAGGCUAAUACCAGUGAGAGAAGAUUUCAGAAUACCAGCACUAAGUGUAACAACGUAAUCUUUGUUCGGACAACUGUUGAAGACCCUUGUAGACUGGCUCAUGCAAUAUUUCAAGAUAUCUAUGAUAAACAGGUACAGAAGGCACGGUAUGCAAUCAGAAUGUUACCUAUAGAAGCUAUAUGUAACCCUGGAAACAAAGAAGUAGAAGCCACACUGACCUCAGUCCUGGCUCCACAUUUUGAGACAGACUUCGGAGUAGGGUUAAAGUACACGGCUGCAUGUAAAAUCAGGAACAAUAAUAGCGUCUCUAAAAAUAUGAUUCUUACAACUCUUGGUAAAAUUAUCAAAGAAAUGAAUCCUCUCCACCAGCUGUGUCAUGAUGAACCAGAUCUUGUUAUAAUUGCCGAAGUUGUGCAGAAAUCUUGCUGUUUUAGUGUUGUCAAAGAUUACUUUAAGUUCAAAAAGUAUAAUUUACAUGAGAUAGUGAGAAAACCUGUUGAUGAUACAAAGGAAGACACAAUAGAGGAAAGUAUUGAUGCUGAUAAAGAUGAUAAUGUAGAAGAUGCUGAAACAGCUGAACUUAAUGAAAACAGUGAAAAAACAAGUGAGGAUCAAGAGAAAAAUGAAGAAAAUGUUGUAGAGAAAGAAGAUGGUCAAACAAUUGAUAAGUUAGGUAACAAUGCAGUAGACAGUAUAGAGAAAGAGGUUAGUGAGACAAAUGAUAAGGUAGAUAAUGAUAAUGCAGAGUGUGUUAAAAAAUGCAAAGAAACAAACGGUGACACUGAUAAUUGUGAACAGGUUGAAACCAUAGAGCAAGAUGUUCAGGGAAAACAAGAGAGUCCAAAACAAGAAGUGAAUGAUGAGACUGUGAUUUGAUGGAAAAGAAAACAAAAUGUUGUCCGUUUCUGAUAAUGAAAUCUGUUUUUGAUUAUGAAAUUAAAGUUUAAUAACAUAUAUUUUCAUUAGUGAAUACUUUAUUGCAUUUGACAACCAAUUUAUUUCCAACAGCUAAUGUUAUACCAUAUGUUUGUACUUGUUAAUAUUUUUAAACUAAUAAACUAAAAUAACAAAAA